GCAGAGGUGACGGUUAUGGAGGAAGCCGGCGUCGGAUUCCGUAAGGAGCUGGUGAGCAAGCUGCUGAACCUACACUUCAGAGACAAGAAGACCAAAGUCAGCACAGACGCCCUGCAGCUCAUGGCCGAGAUGCUGAAGAUCUUCGUUGUGGAGGCGGCGGUCCGUGGGGUCCGGCAGGCCCAGGCCGAGGAUCUGCCCCGCGUGGAUGUGGACCAGCUGGAGAAAGUGCUCCCCCAGCUGCUCCUGGACUUCUAGAGGACUCCCUAGCGCUGGAGGACUGCCUGCACCUGGGCCGCGGCGGCCCUGCUCCAGGACCAGACGGUGUCGUCUUCUGCGGCCUUUGGUUUCCGGCAGGGGAGGGCCUGAGGGGCUUAGAGCUGAUCAGCCCAGCUCUACAGACACCAGGACCAGAGCCUCCCACCCGGGCCGCACCACAGCCUGGGGAGCAGGAUGUCCCAGGAAGACCGUGCCCCGGGGAACCCGGCGCACAGCGUGGGUGGGAGUCCAUGCUCCUGUGGUGAGGGACCGACAUGGGCCGGGGAAGCUGACCAUCCAUCUGCGCAGAACGAAGGAGUAUUGCCUCCUUCCUCCUGGCACUCUUCCCGCCCUCUGGUUCUGCCCUCUGGCGUCAGAGCUGGUCUGUGACAGGGCCUCCCUGACAGUAAACUGUUCUCAUAAAGCAGCGUCCCUCCUGGCUCAGCCUCUAAGCCGUUUGUCUCCACAAGUGGAGUUGCUUCCAAGCCUCCUUCAGGCCCUCAGCCUCUCCUGGCUGCCUUCGUGGAGACGGACUGGCCACCGGAAUGUGUGUGUGUGUCCCUCAGUAGCCAGGAAAUUGGAGACGCGCCCACGGCCGGCUCCCCUGGACACUGCCCCUCUCCCUGUCACAGAGCCACCAAGGAAGCUGCCUCUGGGGAGUGGUCAUAACCCAGGGGCUGUGGGGGUA